AUGAAGACCAUACUUCGUCUUCUUCAUCCAAACAUGAGCUUCAACCAUACAACUUCUGCUUCAUCAUCAAGGACCUUCUUCUUCCUCUGUUUGCCCCUGCUUUUCCCUUCCAUUCUUGCUUCUUCUUACACCCCCGAUGAUCUUCUAAGCAUCAACUAUGGCAAGUCCGGCAACUCAUCGGGAAAUGGUGGGACAUGGACCGGAGACGUCGACACUAAGUUCUUAUCAAAACAAGACGGAUCAGUUCCAGCUACAGCACUUCCUCAAUCUCCUUCUGCUUCACAGGUCCCUUACACCACAGCUCGUCUCUUUCGAUCUCAAUUUUCCUAUUGA